GUGGUGGUAGUGAUCCUACUUCAGUAUUUGAGAGAACCAGUUAUCCAGAUCUGAAGAUCUGCUUGGACCACAAACUACUGAAAACUGACGUGUCAGCGAAAUCAGAAACAUCGGAAAGCACAUCAGCUGUGUCUGCUAAUACAGGAAAUGUUGCAUGUGAAAGAUGCAUCUUGGGAAAGGACAUGGCAGACUGGAUACUGAAAGACCCCAGAAUGACAUCAAAAGAUGGCAUGAGUUUUAGUAUUUCUUUUCCUGGAGAGGGUCGAUACGAGUGUUCUGUAACAGGACUGAGAUUUGAAACAACAGCAGAGACGACCAUCACAUACAGGUACUGUUCAUGGGAUCAGUACUUUCCUGACAUUACAAGGCGUGGAUGGAGCCCGGCAAGUUCUCUAUUUGAUAUCAAAGUUACAGGUGCAGAACUCGCAGCAAUUCAAAUCCCUCACUUCCUCUGCAUAGAUGGAAAACCCUGUAAAAAUGAAUUUAGGUUUUUCCACAUGGAAGAAGAAGGUGACAACUGCACGGUUCUGGAUCCAUCACUUGUCUUUUCUAAGUAUGCUGUAUUACUGAAACCGACCUUUACAUUGAUAGGAUUUGUUCAGUCUAUACGAAGAAUGUUUCCAGUUCACGGAAUUGUAAUAAUUUUUCGAGCACAUGUUGCAAAACUCACUCUUCAUGUUUAUCUUAUUCCAAACUCCCGUGAUAUUGAAAAGGUUGUGCAGUCUCAUGAGAAGAACCACCAUUCAGUCGAAAUAAAUAAACCUCCACAGACAAGGCCUCUUCGAUUUGGACAAAAGUAUUCUCUUAAAACUAAAUCCAGUUCUGUCAUCAUCCCAGAAAUUCUAGAGUUUUAUUAUCUAAGCAGCAGUCAAAGGCAAUCAUACUGUGAAGUUUGUACUAAUGAUAUAAACAUUGCUGUCGACCUCAAGUUUCUCGAGUGCAGUCCCCAUAGAGACAUAUGCAUAUGGGAGUGUGUAUUGAAACCAGAAGACAUGCAGAUACAGCCUUUGAAAGAAGAUGAAUCAGAGUCUGUUGAAGAAAAGCAUUUUAUGGAUAAGUAUAAAUCUGAAAUAAUCCAGCGUCUCACAAAUCCAGAACCUAUUUUGGACCAUCUCCUUUCAAAACUGUACAUCACUGAUGAGGAGUACGACCGCAUCCGCUCCCGUGAUGAAUACCAAGAAAAAAACAGAGAGCUGUACAAGGUGUCUCGGAGCUGGAGCAGUAAAGGGAAAGAUGUAUUCUACAUGAUACUGAGAAAAAAAAAUCCUCAUUUUGUCAGAUCUCUGGAAGAAAAAUAAACUGGAAGUUACAUAAACAGUGGACAGUUCAAUGCAUCAACUACAAAUGUGCAAGGUGGGUCAGCACAUUGUAACACUGGGGUCCUACAGACAACCAAACUGGAUGCUUAUAGACUGCUAUUGAACAACUUUGUACAACUAAUAAAGUUUGUAUACUUUGGUCAUUUGUACAGACUCUUUAAAAAAGCAUUUUAAUAAAGUAACUCAUUAUAGAUUUA